AUGCUGCAAGACUCCGUAUACUUGGAUCAUGCUGGGUCCACCCUCUCUUCAAAGUCUCUAAUGGAUGCCUUUGCCAAGGACAUGACAUCCGUGUUGUACGGGAAUCCCCAUUCCGCAUCAUCACCAUCUCAGCGCUCUUCAUCCCGGAUAGAUCAAGUACGAGUCCGUCUGCUAGAUUUCUUCAAAGCCGAUCCUGACCAGUAUGAUUUGGUCUUUGUGGCGAAUGCAACUGCUGGCGUGAAGCUAGUGGUUGAGGGCAUGAGGUCCUUGCCUGAAGGCUAUGUCUUUGCCUAUCACCAAGCUUGUCACACCAGCGUGGUAGGGGCAAGAGAAGAAGCACAGCAAAGCAUCUGCCUCGAUAACACGGGAGUUCGAUCUUGGUUAGACGGUGUUGAUCCGUUCAAGCCAACAACUUCUGGUAUCCCUGCAAGACUAUUCGCCUACUCGGCUCAGUCUCACAUGGAUGGGAGGCGAUAUCCCAUAUCUUGGGCCAAGGAGCUGAAGAAGAGAGAAGCUCAAUCCUCGUCUCGGACAUUGACGCUCUUGGACGCGGCUUCACUCAGUGCCACCUCACAGCUCGAUCUUUCUGACCCUCAAUUCGCUGCUGAUUUUGUGGUAUUAAGUUUAUACAAGAUCUUUGGAUUCCCCGACUUGGGCGUCCUACUUGUUCGCCGCUCUGCAGAAUAUGUAUUCAACCAUCGAAGAUAUUUUGGCGGCGGCACGGUAGACAUGGUGCUCUGUGGAGACGAACAGUGGCACUCCCCAAAGUCUUACUCUCUUCAUGAACGCCUAGAAGACGGGACACUUCCCUUCCACAGUAUCAUUGCCGCUGACAUAGCAAUAUCGACUCAUCAACGGCUCUUCGGCUCCAUGGAUCAAAUUAGUGCUCACACGGCAUACCUCAGACGCGAGCUAUGUCGUGGCUUACACAGCUUACGACACGCAAAUGGAAACCCCGUCUGUCACAUUUAUUCAGAAGUACCAGAUGAUGCGGCUUCUAUCGAGACUGGCCCAGUCGUUUCUUUCAACAUCAGGGAUAGUCGGGGCUUAUGGAUUGGCCUCGCUGAGUUUGAGAAGUUGACAAUCUUGAAGAAGAUGCAUGUCAGAACUGGAGGCGUGUGCAGCCCUGCAGGCCUAGCAUCCGCUCUCGACUUGCAGCCGUGGGAAAUGAAGCGGAACCUCUCUUCUGGAAUUCGAUGUGGCGAGGACAGUGGCCGAUUCACCAACAAACCAACUGGAAUCAUACGUGCUAGUCUGGGAGCAAUGAAUACCAAGUCGGACGUCUCUCGCUUCCUUGCUUUCGUACGAGAGUUUUUUGUCGAAGAUAGCAUCAAAGUACCGAAUCAGGUCAAUGCCAUUACGAGAAAGGCUGGCACUACAAAUAUUCAAGUCAAGGCUAUCACGGUAUAUCCAAUCAAGAGCUGCAGUGGCUAUACCGUCCCACCUGGGGUUCGCUGGGAAGUACGGCCAGAGGGGCUUGCUUGGGAUCGUGAAUGGUGUUUGGUCCAUCGAGGAUCAGGCCAGGCUCUCAGUCAGAAACGCUAUCCACGAAUGGCCUUAUUACAACCUUUGCUACUGUUCAAUGACAACGUGCUACGCGUGAAAUACCGCGGAAGCACGCCGAAAGGGCAGCCAACGCAAGUGGACAUACCGCUAUCCAACAAUCAUUCUCUGUUUGACACCGAUUUCCGGCAAACAAGCUCUAGAGUUUGCGGAGAGAAUAUUUCAGCACAGUCAUAUCUUUCAGAAGAAAUUAACGGCUUCUUUUCUAAUUCACUAGGAGUUCCAUGUGUGCUGGCGAGAUUUCCAGCAGGAGGCCGUGGAGCUAGUAGCAGGCUCUCAAAGGCUCGGAUGCAGAAGCAUCAACGGACGGAAAAGGCUCAGAGUGGGCAGCCUUCUCCGUUCCCUGGUGUUCCCUCUCCCCCUGAUUCGGACUCUGAACAGCAGCAAAGCCAACCAGGCAAGAUUCUCCUCUCCAACGAGAGUCCCAUUCUUAUGAUAUCCACCUCUAGUGUAGAGAUGCUCAACAAGACCAUCAUGGAGACUGGAGAAUCUGCCGUGGAUGAAUCAGUGUUCCGAGCAAACAUUGUUGUUGAGGCCUCCCCAGGUCAUAAUGGUCACCCAGCCUAUUCAGAAGAUAUGUGGCGGAGAAUUAGCAUUGGAAACCACAGCUUCAAACUCUUGGGGGCCUGCCAGAGAUGCCAAAUGGUAUGUGUUGAUCAAAUGACAGGAGAGAGAAGACAAGAGCCGUUUGUCACUUUGGCAAAAACAAGGAGGCUGAACGGCAAAGUCUAUUUCGGUACACACAUGCGGCAUGAGCAGUUGGAACAAGACGAGGAAUCGGAUGGCCUAAGUCCCACAAUACAGGUUGGGGACGCGGUCGUCGUGGAUGAAGAGCAAGGAGAGGAGGAAGAGGAAGGAAUUCCAGGUACUGGCGGUAAUCGAUAG